GGGAAACAGACGGCGGCAACCGAAGCAGUCUCUGGAAGAAGAAGAAGAAGCUCAAUGGAAAACCCUAGCAACUCCGAGGCUGAACAGCGACGGUCUUCUCCUCUCCCCGACAAAAAGAUCUCUUCGAGUAGCAGAGAGGAAGGAGAGCUUUCCGAUGACGACGAAAAUCAACCUCACUGCUCAACUUCACAAUUCCCCGGUGUGAAUGCAGCUAAACAGAAGGCCAUGGAAACUGAGUUGGUUAAAGAGACUCAUGGUAAUGAGGCUGGAAGGCGUGUGUCUUCUAACACAUUAGACAGAUUAAGUUCACGACCUUCUCAAGAGUCAAAUGCCCAAAAGAAUUCUGAUAAGAACCGAGGCUCAUUCGUGCCAUUCCUGAUAAGUUUUUCAGAUGAUGAAAGUGGCAGUGACCCAGAAGGUACUCCACAGAAAAAUGUUAUGACAAAAGAAAGCAGGAGCCUAUCUGUUAAUACAAGCAAGAAACCACCACAAGCAUCUGUACGAAAACCACAAAAAACAGGAAAACCAAUGAGAAAUGAGUCUAAAGUGGCGAGAACAAUGCCACUUACUCACAAAAUUCUUUCUUCAUCUCACAACAUCAAUGCAACAACUCAUAGAAGGGGUGGAUCUUCACUAAAUGUUCGAAGUUAUAAUAACUUCAAGAAGACAGCUGGUCCAUCUUUUGUGCACAAAACAAAUACGACACUGGAUAAUAGCAAACUACAAGAUCUACGGCAACUGAUUGCUAUUCGGGAGAAUGAAUUGAAGCUUAAGAGCACUCAGCAACCAAAGAAUUUCAGUUCAACUAAAUGUAACACACUCAGUACUACGGGUACAUGUAUUAGCGUGACCGGUGUGUCCGGAGCCACUGGUGCAGAAAAUAUGCCACAUGAGGUAAAAGAACCUAGCAGAAAAAUCCAAAGGAUUGGUGAAAAGCAUUCAAGCCAGAUGGUUCAGAAUGUUCAUACCACAGAUACAGUAUUUGCACCAGAAAAGCCUGUGCUAGCAAAUUGUGGUCAACCUGGUGUAGGUGGUCAAAACAGUCAUAACAAAGUGUUUCGUGCUGGCACAUCUGACGCAAGCCUUACGUUAUGCCACAAUGAGAAUGAGAAUCAGGGCUCUACAUUUUUGACGAAUUUUGAUGCUGGUACAGAUUUAAUCACAGGCCAAAGUUGCUGGAAAACAAACCCGAGAGACCAUGUGGCUACAUUGGAACAAUCUGCAGUUAAUGAAUCAAUUGAAGUGGAGAUGAACGAUCCAACUAAGCAUAGUGAACAAAGCAUCUAUCGCCCUGGGUACGUUGGAAAGAAUUUUACAGGAAGAGGCUGUAGUUUUCAAAUCGGAUCAGUUCAACCUGCUGCACAGAAUGUAAAUCAGGAAUCCCUGAAUAUUCAACAAGUACCACACAACUUCAGAGAAGCAAACAUAUCUAGAAAUAGUAGCAUGAACAUGCAAUCACUGUUGGACAUUGAGGAAUUACAUGAUAAGCAACUCGAGGAGGCUCAGGAGUAUCGGCACAAGUGUGAAAUUGAAGAAAGAAUUGCUCUCAAAGCUUACCGAAAGGCUCAGAAAGCUUUGAUUGAGGCAAAUUAUAGAUGUUCUGCUCUAUUCCGUAAAAGAGAGAAAUACUCCACACAACUUCAACACUUUAUGAUAGAGAAUCCAGUCUAUCCAGAUAUGUUCUUUCCCCCUGGGUCUCAGCUGGAAAGUGGAGCUGGGCUUAACCUCUCGACCAAUAAUGGUGCUAAUGCUCAUUUGAUGCUCUCUUCUUGCUAUCCUGCACAACAUGAAGAUCGUCAUGAUCAUCAAAUGCGUGAUGUGGAGUUCCAUUCUACUUUUGAUGCAGUGCAAAAUGCAUCAGACAUGCCCGCUGAUAGGGAAAAUUUAGCUUUUGAUCAUUUUAGUGAGCCUGAUGUUAGUAUGGCUGAGAUUACUAAGGUCAAUCAAAAAGCAAAUGGUGUGUGUUUGCAACCUGAUUAUGUCAGCAUGUCUGCAGAGGAAGAAAAUGGGCUGUUUCAAAAGUCUCCUUUGAACAGUUCAGAAUAUCUUGGGGAGGAGGCAUAUAGGGUGACCCAAGAAAAGGAGGCAAAUAAUAGUCCAGGAAGGCAUACAUUGAUCAAUACUUCUCAGGAUUCUAUGUUACUUGAGGCAUCUUUGAGAUCUCAGCUUUUCGAAAGAUUAAAGAUGAAAUCUUUGUCUAAGGAAGUAGACAAAAAUCAGAAUGUGGAGCAGAUCACUGAGAGUAUGUUAAAUGUAGAUGAUGUUGAGCAAAGGAUGGGAAUGAGUUCUGGCAACAUGUUAUCAUCUGAUGUUGAGAAAGCGAACGAAAAGGAUUCUGAUUUCCAAGUAUCUUCUGAUAAAGCAGAGUUAGAGUAUGAGGCCCAUGUUGAGAUAAAUGACCAUUGCAAUAGUGAAAAGUUUGGAUCCAAUUUCCACCCUAUACUCUCCAAUGAUCAUUUGAGCAGUUGCAUGUCCAUAGAUGAUCAGCAAUCACAGUCGCCAAGUUUUGCAACCUUUUCACUUCCUGCUUUCAGGAGUGCAUUUUCUCACUUCAAGGGUUAUGAUGCCAACAACUUUGGCAAACUACAGACUAAAAGUGUAAAUAUGCAAGCUUCUCAUCUUAAUGAAGCAAAGGAUGAGGAGACUAUGGAAACCAUUUUGGGAGUAGAAGAAUAUGCUUCAUUGGAUCUACAUUAUAACAAAAAUGGUUCUUAUGCCUGCAAGUUUUCUAUCGAUCCAAUUUGGCCGCUUUGCAUGUAUGAACUCCGAGGGAAAUGCAACGACAAAGAAUGUACUUGGCAGCAUUUUAGGGACUACUCUUCUGAAAAUAAGUUGAACCCUACUUGCAAUAACAGGGAUGUGAAGGAUGGAUCAGCAAUUGAAAGAGGAAAAUUUCUUUCCAACAAUGCUCUCACCAUGUCACAUGAUUCACAACUUUUGGCUCCCCCAAUAGCUGGCUUUGAUGUUAUGAAAUCUAAUUCACAGACAUGUAAAUCUGUUGUACCUCAAAGGAAGUGUUUCAGUGGUUUCCUUGUCCUUUCAAGUCUGCUUCUUACUGACCUUGUUUGUAAAGAGCCGUUUUUGUAUGGCUCUGAAGUUUGUGUUGAGGUCCAUGGGGGUUGGAGUAGGCAGCUACUCUAUUUCCAAAACAGGAACGGAACCUCGAUUGAAGGUGGCCACCAAGUUUCAGAUAAUGAUCAAUCCAUAGAGUUUGCUCUUCUUAGUCUCUGUCAGGAGGUUAAUAAAAGCAAAGGCCGAAUGGAGGCUCUUAAAGUGCUUGCUCGUGCUCUUGAAGCUGAUCCUACCUCAGCACUUCUAUGGAUUGUUUACUUGUUGGUUUACUACAGCAAUCAAAAGUACAUUGGGAAGGAUGAUAUGUUCAAACACGCGGUGGAUCACAACAAGAAAUCAUAUGAACUUUGGGUAUUAUACAUCAAUAGUCGGGAAACACUCGAUCAGCGGUUGACUGCAUAUGAUGCUGCAAUAUCUGCACUAUCCCGUCACGCGCCCGCUCCAAACCAAGAUGCCCUUUUUGCCAGCGAAUGCAUCUUGGACCUCAUUCUCCAGAUGCUGAAUUUUCUAUCUAUGUCUGAAAAUGUUGGAAAAGCAAUUGAGAGGAUCUGCGAUCUCUUUCAGACACCAGAAAAAUCUGACAAUCCUCCACAAGAUAAGUUGUUCCUCCCUGAUAUAAUUACAUGCUUAACAAUUUCCAAUAAAUGUGUUUUCUGGGUAUGUUGUGUCUACAUGGUUGUGUAUAAACGAUUGCCGAAUUCUAUAGUAAAACAGUUUGAAUCCCAGAAAGUGCUUUCUUCCAUAGAGUGGCCUCCCGCUCAGUUAAAAACAGAUGAGAAGCAGCAAGUUGUCUCCCUGAUGGAAUUGGCUGUAGAUUCAUUAGCGUCGUAUAUCGAUAGGGAGUCUCUUGAAGUUGAAUCAAAUCUAAGAGCAGCACACCUCUUUGCUCUGAAUCACGUCAAGUUUGUUUCAGUUAUCGAAGGCAUCGAGUGUAGCAGGAACCUUCUGGGGAGAUAUAUAAAGCUUUACCCGUCUUGUUUGGAACUUGUUUUAAUGUCAGCUAGGGUAGAACACGAGUUCCGGGAUUUAAGUUACGAAGGGUUUGAAGAAGCUUUAGACAGCUGGAUGGAUGAUGUUCCCGGGGUUCAGUGUGUUUGGAAUCAGUAUGCUGAGUGUGCAUUCCGAGACGGGAGAUUGGAUCUCGUGACGGAAUUAAUGGACAGAUGGUUCCGGUCCAUUGAUUUGCCCAAAUCAGCUUCGGUCAUGGAUGUUCAUUCUUGGCUGUCAGGUUCUACCCAGACCGAAAUCGUGUUCGGGUUACUCAAUUGCGCUUUGUACAAGCUACUGCUGCAAAACGAUCUGACCGGAGCUCGUCUAGCUUUAGACAAAGCAUUGGACACCGCCGAUAACACUGAGACUUAUAAUCACUGUGUUCAGGAGAAUAUCAUGUUUCUGAUGACUACAUCGGCAGACAGAAGUGCUUUACAAGUUCUGAAAGGCUUCCUGUUUGAUACCCGAGCUUCAUCUCGAUCCAAACCGUUGACUCAAAACUUCAUCCGAAACAUCCAGAAACCCAGGCUCCAGCAACUGGCGAGGAAGCUAUUGACUCCCGCCCCCACCGACCCCACCCUGGUUAACUCUGUCCUGGAAUCAUUCUUCGGCCCAUCUCUCCUCCCAAGCACCACCCACAACCUGACCGAUACAGUUGAUUUGGUCGAAAGCUUGAUGGAAAUGCUUCCAUCAAACUAUCCCUUGGCCAUUUCAGUCUGCAAGUGGAUAUGCAAUGCCGCCUCCAGUUUACCCGCCAGCGUCUCCUUCUGGGCAGGCUCCAACUUGUCGAACACGCUCUUCCAAGCGGUCCCCAUCGCGCCGGAGCAUGUCUGGGUGGAAGCCGCGGAUCUUCUGUGUGGCAUGAAAAGCUGCGAGGCAAUAACUGCUAGCUUUCACAAGAGGGCCUUGUCCAUACACCCAUUCUCAUUGAAGCUUUGGAGAUCAUACGCGGACGUAACUACGGGUACUGGAGAGCUGGUAAAGGAAGCAGCAAGAACAAAAGGUAUUCUCCUGGUUUAAACUUUUUGUGUGUUUGAUGCUUACUAGUAGAUACUAACUU